GCACCCCCCCGCGUAUAUUGGAUAUGUACGUUACAUUUGGUCUCUAGUUUAUGCGACUAGAUGAAAGCAGAUAGCAUCAGUCCUUACACGACAGCGCCGUCUAACCCUCCAUCUCUCUGUUACGAAGAAGAUACCGGUGCUUGCAAAAGUGCUUUGGAUCAUCCUAAACAUGGUGCCAACAGCAAUACCAACAGUUCUGUGUCACCAAUGUCACGUAAUGAUGGUAUCUCAAGUUUCCAAGUAGGACCAAUUGAGUCUUGUAACAACGUUAACUUACAAAAUCGGCUGGAACAUUUAAAACAUUGGAGUGUAAAUACAUUAAAGUGCACAAAGCAAAUGAUAGAAGAAAAACUUGGCACAGCAAGCGUGACAUUCGAUCAAGAACUUGAAGAUCGAAUCUCAUCAUUCAGGAAUAUGCAUCAGCAGUAUAAAAUACUCCACAAUCUUGCCCAAAAGUUAACAAAUAGUUUUCGUGAAACCCUUAACCAUCAACGUGCCUUCUCAAAUCAUAUGGCUACUUUAAUAGUGCAACAACCUGAAUUAAGCAAUGAAUUUACAUACAAUACAGAAACACAACGUAUUGUAAUCUCGAAUGGCGAAAAAUUACUAGCAUCAUUAGAUCAUUUUGUGAAUUCUCUGGGUACACUUAUCGGUCAUGCAUUUACGGAUACAUGGAAUACUGUUGCCAGUAUGCAUUCGGCUCGUGUAGAAUACGAUGCUUAUCGUAAUGAAGCUCAACAGCUGAAGAAUAAAAAAUCUGUUAACGGUAACAAUAACUGUGAUAAUCCUACAACGACUGGUAUUUUUAUGCCAAGAAAUGAAAUUGUAAAUAAUCAGGUACACGAUGACGGUCGUAUCCAGUCUGGAUUAGAAGCAGCCUUUGAAAGGUACACUGAACUGAAGAAGGUUGUUUGUUGUAAACUGGAAUUCCUACAAGAUAACAGAUUACGUGUCAUGCAGCAUCAGUUAGUGUUGUUGCAUAAUGCAACAUCCGCAUUUUUCUCGGGAAAUAAUCAACAAUUGGAGCAAAUUUUAUGUCAGUAUAAAAUUAAACUACCUGGCAAUCUAAAUGGAGCCAAGCUUUAAUUAUAAUAUGAUAUUGAUUUCCCGUUUUACAUAUGUAUUGCAUUUUUCCUCCUUCAAGGUUGAUAUAUAUAUAUAUAUGAAUGUAUUACUACGGUAAACUUAAUUAGCAUAUAAUACUAGCAAUGUGUGAUACACUCCGUUCAACUAACUUUAUUGAUAAUUUAGUUGUUUUAAUGUGGAAGUAAAGUAUUUCUUGACAUCAGUUUUGUUUGUUGCUUGCAUUUCAUUUUGUUUUUUUGUUUAUUAUUUGAUACGCUAUUUAAGAUGCAAAGCUGUUCAUAAUUUUGAAAGCAUAUUGUACAUUUGCAGAAUAAAUUUUCUGUCUUAUUAUAGUGAAUGUCUAUCUUGAACUAAAAAAAACUUUUUUAAGAUAAUUGUGUGAAUUCAUUAACACUUGUGAUAGCAUGUGUUAUCAGUGCAAAUUAUAGGACAAAGUAAAAAAGCUAGCCGGUCUGUUUAAGCAUUUUAUUUUGUGGCGUUGGCAAAUGUAUGUAUUACGAGAAUUUUUGUUCUUAAAUACGCUCCUAUGAUUAUUGAUUAAUUGUCCUAAACGUCAUAGUACCGGUAAUUUAUGCAGCGUGA